AUGAAGAUUGCAGAGAAAGGGCCAGGGAUGGCCACUCUUAGAUUCUCAAGCAUCAUAGUUUGUGCUCUUUUACUUGGACAAGGAUCAUCUGAGAAGACAGGAGGGGGUAAACAGGAUGAAAGAGAUGCCAUUUUUAAGGAGCUUAUUUCAAAAUGGAGUAAAGGAGGUGGUUGGAGUCCUCAUAAUACUCCUCCAGAAAACAGUAAAGACCCACCUGUACACCCUUGGGUGAGAAAUAUCAUGGGGAGCCUAAAAACACUUGGUCUAUUUCCCAGCAAGAGCUUGCCUUCACUAAACAAGCCAAUUGACAGACACCGUCUCUCUGGCUUCCUGUAUAACAUAUCUCAGUACCUCCAAGAGAUGGGUGCUGAGCUAGAGGAGGUGCCGGCAGAGCCAGAUGAGGAGCAGCUGUGGGAGAAGGUGCUACAUUUCUUUCUCCAGUCUGAAGGGAGUGCUGCUCUGAACCAGUGGAAUGGCCAGGUACCACCCCGACCCAGUGUCAGAGUGCAGGACUGGUUUUUGUCCCUGAGAGGCAGUCCACAUUGGGACUGGCUCCUGGGGCUGCUGCAGAGUCUGAUCUCUCUAUCAGAGCGUCAGCCCCAAAGGCCUCUUUUGAUUUUCUUAUCACAGAACUGGAGGACAGUGAGUGCCGUACUAGAAGCCGCACUACAGGGUCUGGUCAGUGGGACAUAUGGCCAGGCCAGUGCAGGACUGCAGGGCUUCAUCUGCGCACUGAAGGGCCGUAGUGACUGUGCCUUCAGUGUCAGCUGGCUUCAGCAACUACUGCGUUUCCUAGAAACACGCAACUGGAAGCCUGUGGUCAGUUUACAUCCAGCAGGGGAAGGUGCUGAGCACAAAAGGGGCUCGAGCGCAUUUGAACGUUUAAAGCCCUUCAGCUUGCCUCCUGAGGCCAUGAGGCAGGAUGGGUCAUCAGGAAAUGCCUCUCUGGAAGAUAUGAUGGCCACAGAGGAUGAUCCAGACUCCAUGCAAAGCUUACUCCUGCAGGCAUUAUCACGUUCAGGUGGAGGUGAGAGAGGAGGCCACUUGGCACAGAAAAAUCUAGCCCUUGUUCAAAGUUUGGAUGGGCUAAGAAGAGGCCUCCUGCAUAGAGUAGGUAGUUCUGUCUACAGUAACCUGAGAAAGAAAGUGUCACGAGUUACCAUGGCCAUGCUCGAUGACGUCAGCAGAAUGGUUGACGUGCCACAGCCCAACGCGCAAGGACGAUGCACUGUCGGUGACCUGAGACAGCUGAUCUUAUGGGGUAUAAGACAUAAUGUGACGUGGAACUCCCAGGCUCUGGGCAUUAGCUCUCAGGGUUUUCCAAGCACACUCCAAUUCCUGUCCUGCCCAUCCACUGAAGGAGACAAACUUAUGUCCUGGCAAACACUUGCCCACUCAACUCCUAAAACAGCAUCAUCCUCUCAAACAAUCUCCAAACGAAAACGCCUUCAUAAACUCUCUACCACACCACUCAACACUGAGCUCCACCAGCCACAACCAGGGAGAACGAUAGAAAGCGACCAACAGAAAGAGAUGGAGUACUCCACCACUGCAGAAAUUCUGGAGGCAGCGUGCAAUGAAUCCAUCCCUGGCUUGUCAGGCGUCUCCAACUUCACUGUGUUCCUCUACUGUAAACUGUUUGAAAGGGGGAACGGGUCAGUUAACCCUGCAGUGGCUGACAUGGGGCUCGACCUGCAUGCCACGUGCUCUGAUGCAGCUUGGUACCUGUCUGCUGCUGAGGAGGAUUUUCUUUGGGUUCAUGUCUGCAGUGAGUUCUUUGCACAUGAAUUCAACAACACAGUGUGUGCCAACUCCUCUUUCUGGCUGCAAAGAGCACAUCAGGCUGCAGUGACAAAGAACUACAAUUUUUUUAACCAGACAAGUAUAGACGAGUUAUGCGUGCAGCUGUCAGGUGAGGCGAUAGGAAGUCCAGAACUUGACGAAAACUGUCUGGCUCAGUUGGGCACCAGGUCGCUCAGUGCCCAGGCUUUCAGGCACUGCUUCCUGCCCAACAACUCUGCCCUUAUUUUAGCUUUGUGUGGGAGAGAGUCUCCAGACUCACACCAGUCCUCUCCAGAAGGCAGCUGGACCGCAGCAUACUGCUCCAAAAUAAACAACUUCUCCCAUGUUAACACCAUUGAGGAUACUUGUCAGUACAGGAAGUGGGCUGUGCAUCAUUUCAUCAACUCCACCCUCCUGGAGCUCUGUGGAAAGACUCAUGGAUUGAGAGAGUACAUUUGUUUAAACGCUUCACUCUACCAUCAGCUGUUGAGAUCAGUGCCCCAGUUUGCUGCUUUCUGUGAUGAUCUGCAGGCAGAAUUUGAGGACAGGAAGUGCCUCCUGCAGAGGUUUUUUGACAUCCUCCCAGCGCAGUAUCAGUUUGACACAUCGCAGCUGUGUGUGGACCCAGCCCCGCUGCUGGUAGAGGUCUUACACAAGCUGAGUGUAUGUGAGGUUGAGGGAGGGGAGAAUGAGGGUUUUUUAGUGGCACUUGGAUAUGUGUUACGAGUCUUGGACUUCAUGGUAGGCCUCUCUUCGGGUCUGGACGAGGGGGAAAGAGAGGCGAGGCAAGGUUUGGGUCAGGCCAUCCUCCUCUCUAGUCUCCUUGACAACACAUCCUGGGCCACGCUACAGCCAGAAGCCUCCAUGAGCAUCCUUCACACUGUGGGGGUCUUCCUCCGCAGAGAGCGUAACGUCACUCUCAAGGAAGAUCUGCUGAGCUGCUUCAGUCCCGUCUUGUGGGACCUCAUUCAACAGGACGACAACUCAUCUGCUCUCAGGGUUCUGUUGCAGGAGUACUUCCUGAUGCCAAGAGACAGCAUUCGCACUCUGGUGAUGUCCGCUGAAAAAGACGCAGUAAAGAGAUUUCUCUCCCAUAUGCAUCAAAGUUGGGAUCAGCUGCAAGUCGAAACCACCCAGGCCUCUCAAAAAGAGUUGCAGGCCAUGGAAACAAUGACUGCUGCCUUUAUUCAUAAAUUCCCCCGAGUGACCCCAGAACUGUUCGUGGACCUGUCUCAGUUCAUUCCCUUCAUGUCUGUAUCUGACAUCAUGAGCUUCCCAGCCUCCCUGAUCGUCAACGACAGCGUGCUGACGGCUAUUCGUGACCACAGCUCAGGGAUGAAGUCCCUGCAGAAAAAGGCCUUUGUGAAGAGACUCCUGCAGUCAAGUGUAUUGGGUGAUGUACCUACAUGGCCACCAUACUUCCUCAGUUCCAUCCUCCCACUUCUGCCUUACCUUCCAGUCAGUCAUUUUCAACAGCUGACGUCACAACAGCUUGCUCCACUGAUGGAGUUGCUAGGCAACAGUAGUCUGGAUGGUGUAAGGGGGCGCCAUGUGCUUCGGACACUUUUCACCAAGAAGAAGAAUCUGACCAGUGAUGACAUAUUGAGGUUAGGGGUCCUUGCGUGUUAUUUGGAUCCAUUUGAGCUGUAUUCAGCUCUACAGGACUCAGCUGUGUCCUCUGCGCUUUGGCAGCAGCUGGCUCAAUGCAUUUCCAAGGGUUUCGUCAGUGCCAGUGGCAGGCUGUCCUCAUGGUUGAUACCAGCAGUUCAGAGCCUGAAUGCCAGCAGCAUGGCUCCCCCAGAGCUGUCUGCCCUCAGUGGUCUCUUACCCCAGUUAGGGGCCCCCUUCUUGCUGUCACUCCCCACACAACAACUCUUGGAAGUCCUUUCACAACCAGGACUACACAGAUAUUCUCCGGCACAGGCAUUUCAAAUGUUAUCCAAGAUUUCAAAGGACACCAAUCUGACCAUGGAAAAACUGUGCAGACUGAAACCAUUACACUCUGGUCUCUCCCCUGCUGUGUUGAGAGACCUCCAGUGGCCUGAGAUCAGUGAAACUGCCCACUGCCAGUGUUGGAGAGCCUUGCUAACUGAGCUUAAGCCUGGCAAUAGAGCCAUGCUAUACAAUGCAUUGCAGGAGGCUUUCCAAAGAGACCUGCAGAAUAUCACACAGCAGGUAAAUUGUCUAUUACCAUUCGUCCCUCUGAGGAAGCUGACAGAGUCCUUAAACAGAGAAAACAUCCUGAGAGAUAUCAGCCUGUACCGAGACAUAAACUGGUCGCCACAGCAGGCUCAACUUCUGUUCAAGAGGAUCCUCGAAUUUAAAAACAUUACCAGCAAGACGGUGAAAGACCUGGGUCAUAUUGCUGGUGGAAUGAGUUGUGACUUAAUGAGGCACUGGAGCAAUGAGACAGAUUUUGUGGAGCUGCUUCAGUUUGUCAGCAUGCUGCCUGGAGCCAUGAGGCCCGCUCUGCGAAAAUGUAUUGUGGAGGAACUCAGAAAACAACCUGAGAUUGACCUUGAUGCUUUGAGCUCUUGGUUUGCUGCAACAUUACCAGUGACGAUGAUAGAGAACCUCUCCAACACAUCCUUCAGAGAUAUUCUGGACCAUAUUCAGGCACAUUUUGCUGACUUCCUCAGACUGCCACAUUACAAACAGGCAAAUUUAGCCGAGAAGGUCGUAACUGAACUGGGUUCUUCUCAGGCUGAGGGGGUUAUUGAUGGCAACACUCUAGACCUCCUGGGGCCUUUACUACCUUUCUUGGACCGGGACAGUUUGGCUCUGGUGGACAGAGGUGCUCUGGCUCUACGGCUAGAGGAGAUGAGAAGCUUCUGCCUUCCUAAAGAGGCGCUGAGAGAUAUCAGCACCCUGCUCACUCAGAAAGACCUGUUGGGGGAGCCAUCUAAAUGGCAAGUUGGAGAUGUUGAACACUUGGGCAGACUGGUGUUUUCUCUGUCAACAAAGCAGAUGCACUCUAUCCCACUGACAUUGUUGAAUAAAGACACAGUGGAGCAAGUCCUGGUCAGUCAAAAGCUCUGGGAGGACAGUGUGGUUGGGGGAGUCUGUAAGACCCGGUGUACAGACCAACAUCGCCAGAGUCAGCAGACUCAGAGUCUCAUGCGUGGGAUUGUCAAAGCUCGGAGUAGGAGGGCAAAAAUGCCAGUGCCAAGCUGUGCUGACAUCAAGGGUACGUUUCCUUCAGCGUGGACAUCCACUCAGCUGAGCCGUAUGUCACAGGAGGAUCUUAAACUGUGUGUAGAAGAUUUUGGUCAGGAUGCUUCACUGAGCUCUGAGCAGCGCCGGGCACUGUGGGUGAAACUCAGGCAGACCUUCAGUCCAGUGAGAGAGCUGAAAGCAGAUCAGGUGCUGGCUCUGGGCUCGGUCGUGACUGAGAUUGGAGACAGAGAGCUGCAUGAUAUCAAUUUCACUGACCUGGGUGUGUUGGCACAUCUGGGGACACUGACAGACUGGAUCCCUAAAAAGAUGAGAGCAGUGGUUUUAGGAGUGAUUCGGAAGCGCAAAUUAAAAGUGGAGCAGUUGACAGACGUUGAUCUGGCAACAUUUGGCCAUCUGAUCUGUGGUCUGUAUCCCUCAGAAAUCAAAAGACUAAACCCUUACAACCUCAGUAUGGCUGUCCUGUUCCUGCGGGAGAUGUCCCUGCCAUGCACAGAACAGCAGAUGGAGGCAUUUACGAGCCGCUUGUCCAGACCUGAGGCCUUUGGUCCAGUCAGUGCUUGGGGACCGGAAGUUUUCACUGAAAUUGGAACAUUGGCAGCUGGCCUGGAAGACAUGGUGCUGUCAGCUCUGGUACAAGAACAAGUGAAGGGAAUCACCCCUGAAGCUAUUGCCCUGAUGCCACCAACAAAAAUGGCGGUGGUGUUCAGUGCAGUUCAGUUGUCGUGGUUGAGUGUGGAGCAGGCGUGGGCCGUCACUGAGCAGCAGUGGACAGAGCUGGACACUGAGCAGAGACACUCCGUCGGACUAGCUCAAUAUGAUGGAGACAUGCUGCUGGACCUGAGAGGGAGAAACUCGUCUCCAGCUGCUCUGAACACACACAGCUUCACUAUACACUCUCUGGCUCUGUGUCUCUUAUUAUGGCAACUCAUUUAA